UGCUCACAUAGCGGACCCGUUUUGCCAGCCUUCUUAUUCACAUACUAAGCCACCCUUGACAAACAGUGUAUUCACGCGUAAACUCCUGCUUUUUCGAUAGAAAUUACCAGCUACCCGUAACAAUCAACUACUCUAACUCGUAAUAUUAGUUCAAAGUACUGCUAAAUCGCAACGUUGUCUUCUGCAAAAGCAAUUACAGGAUUUGAAAGACCGCGACGUUGCGAUAGCGACUACAGAACUCUCAAAGCAUAGUUAUGGACCCAUAUGCUAAGUUAAGGUUAAUGGGCAAAGUUGCCAUUGUAACCGGAUCAACCGCUGGAAUAGGCAAAGCAACGGCGUUGUUGUUGGCUUCUCGUGGAGCAAAGCUGACGAUACAUGGUCGGCGGCAGAACAGACUCGAUGAGUUGGUGGCAGAAAUUGAAAAUACCUCAGGACAUAAGCCUUUCAGUGUCAUCGGUAACAUCGAGCACGAAAGCGUUAGGCAGCAGCUGGUUUCUGGCACUGUGGCUAAAUUCGGACAGAUUGAUAUCCUAAUAAACAAUGCUGGAUGGGCAAAAAUCGGUAAUUUAGAGGAAAUUGGCUCGGCCGCAGUACGAACGAUGCUGGAGGUGCAUGUUUUAGCUCCGUUUGAGCUGUGCAAGAAAGCCCUACCGUCGCUUAGUGCCAGUAAAGGCAAUAUUGUAAUGGUGUCUUCUACCCUAGGAUUGCGCGGUAGGGCGGAUUUCCUCGCCUAUACGAUAGCAAAGGCUGCUAUGGACAACAUGAUGCGAAGUCUUUCGGCCGAUCUCGGUCCAAAAGGAGUUCGCAUCAACAGUGUUAAUCCAGGAGGUACAAUCACUGAGAUUUUGAGAACCGAUGAAGGGCAAGCAUUUAUAAAAAAGGUGAUCUCGAAAGCUGUCCAGGAACCACCCAACCCACUCGGGCGCUCGGCAGAGGCGUCAGAAAUAGCGGAAGUUAUCGCUUUCUUAGUUUCUGACGCUGCCUCGAUGAUUAACGGAUCGACUUACGUUGUCGAUGGAGGCAAAAUCGCCAGCCUAAAUUAAAACGAUAGACGGCUGUGGCAAAUGUCUUUCGCCAUUUUGUACAGAGGAUGGCAGCUGUUCUGUAAAUCCGAAAACAAAUCGCAGCGACGUAUUACAUAGCACCUAACGAGGAUAGCCACUAAAAUUAAAAACCACUUUUGCUUAACAGUGAGAUUUAACAACUACUUGUAACGGAAAAUCCUCUGAAGGACUCAAUUCCGAUAAUUGCAAUAUCAAAAAAAUAAUCGCCGUGAAUAUUGUGAUUUAAUAGGGCGAAUACGCUUAGCUAAAGGAAUAUCCGCCUAAACAAAAAAUUACAUACAUAGAUUUCUUGGGGAUUAAAAAAAAUUGGGAGCUAUCUACCGGUUAUUGGAAAAGCCUUUACAUAUAUCAGUAAAUUUCACUUGAUUUUGAAAUAUACCUUAUCUGUUUUUUGGGAGGUUCAGUUUGUUGAAGGACCCGUAACAAGCGAACCGGUUUUGUUACGGACAGAAUUUCAAAUACAUAUUUUCGGCUGGAAUUUGGAACAAGGUUUUUGAAACUUUGCCAAUGGAACAUUUGCUUUUGGGAAUGAUGCAGCAGUAACUUGGCCGCUCCGCAAGUAACAGACCGAUAUGCUCAGAAGUAAACAUCGACAUUCUUUUCGAGUAUCAUUUAUGAAAUUUGAUAAACAUCCUCAUAAAAAAUUAAGUUUCAAACACGUUUUUAUUUUGAGUUAAUAUUUCCAGCUGAUGUUAGCUUGACAACAAAGGUAUAAUCUCAUCCGCAAUAGUUGUAACUUCAGAUACAAACGGUGUUCGGUCUCUAAUUAUUAGAUCUUUAUCAGCAUUCUGACAGCUCCGAACAUAGUUGGCUCGAUGUCGUCUGUGUCGAGAAAUAGACAUGCGACGAGUGCACUAAACUGUCCAAACUAUACCGGCAUUACGUCAAAACAGGUGAGGAUGACCAACUUUUACAAACCGUUGUUCUAACAUUCGUAAGUUUACAGUACGUGGAAGCUUUUCUUCAAUUUGUCGCGCCUUCAUUUAUUUUUAGAUAUUCGGGUUAUUAGUCUUCUAUUAGCCGAAAAUUUAAUUCCCCUAGGAGUUUUUUUUACGUGUUGCGUGUUGUUGCAAUAAAUACUUUUUCAAAAAGCC